UUUAGGGAUAAUUCAGUUUUUUUAGAAAAGAUAAUGCAGUUGGAAAUUAGUAGUACUUGCUAUUGCCAAAAUGAGCAAGCCAAUAAAGAGCCAAGAGUUAUUGUGGGCCAUGCAAACUGAAAAUUCCAGAUUUCUUAGAUGACCUACUAAACUGAAAAGGAGGGAAUAGAAUACUUGAAAUGUGAUAAGAGUGAAAAUCCAACUUGGGAAUUUGCUAUAGGAGUCCACCGCACAUUGUUGUUGAAACCAUUUCCGUUAAGAAAAUAAAAGUGGUUCUCAAGAAAAAAAGGUAUGAAUCCCACUCGCCGCCCGCUCCGCCCCAUAAAAACACGGGAAACCCCGCUCGCUUGGCGCCGUUCGACGCCACGGAGGAGGAGCCUCCCGGCGGCCCAUUGCCGACGGGCUCGGCCGGCGCUAGCUCGUGACCUCCAUGCGGGUGCGUGGACGACGAUGGGACUCGUUGGCGGCCUCCUCGGCUUCGGCCUCGGCCUGCCCCUCGGGCUCGCUGCCGCCUGCCUCGUCUACCUCCGCUUCUUCGCGCCUCGUCGCCACCCCCAGGAUCCUGUCAUUAGACCUCUGCGAGAUUUAGAUUAUGAGACGUUACAGACGAUGGUACAUGACAUUCCGUUAUGGGUCAAGUAUCCAGACUAUGAACGGAUUGAUUGGAUGAACAAGUUUAUUUGUGAUAUGUGGCCUUUCCUGGAUAAGGCGAUAUGCAAAAUAAUAAGAGGUGUAGCAAAGCCAAUAUGUGAUCAGUAUGUUGGAAAAUAUGGCAUAGAAUCAAUUGAAUUUGGAAACUUAACACUUGGUGCUCUUCCACCUACACUCCAAGGAAUUAAAGUUUAUGAAAUGCGAGAAAAAGAACUGGUAAUUGAACCUGUGAUUCGGUGGGCUAGCAUAGCAAAUGUAACUGUGAAUGUGAAGGUGCAUUCUUUCAAAUUAUCCGCCCAGCUUUUGGAUCUGCAUAUAAUGCUGACACCACGAGCGACUCUGAAGCCACUUGUGCCAAGCUUUCCCUGUUUUGCCAGUGUGUGUGUUUCACUAAUGGAGAAGCCGCAUGUUGACUUCGGAUUGAAAUUCCUGGGUGGAGAUGUCAUGGCGAUUCCUGGUUUGUAUCGGUUUGUCCAGGAGCAAAUAUCAAAGCAAAUUGCAAUCCUGUAUCAUUGGCCUAAGGUUAUAGAAGUUCCUAUUUUAGAUGGAGCAAGUGGUGCUACAAAGAAACCAGUGGGAGUAUUGCAUGUUAAGGUAGUUCGUGCCAUGAAUCUUCCCAAGAUGGACUUGCUUGGGAAAUCUGAUCCUUAUGUCAAGCUUCGGCUAAGUGGCGAGAGACUGCCCUCGAAGAAAACCUCUGUCAAGAUGAGCAACCUGAAUCCUGAAUGGAACGAACAUUUCAGGCUCGUUGUCAAGAAUCCUGAGACACAAGUCCUCGAGCUCCAGAUGUUUGAUUGGGAAAAGGUCAAAAUGCAUGAUAAAAUGGGUGUGCAAGUGAUUCCCCUCCGCUUGCUUACUCCUUACGAGAGCAAGUUGUUCACACUAGACCUUCUCAGAAGCAUGAACCCAAAUGAUCAGCAAAACAAGAAGAAUAGAGGAAAGCUUGCCGUGGAACUGACAUUUGAUCCUUUCAGAGAGGAAAACAGCACGAGUCCUCUGAUUUCAGAUGGUGAAGGCAAUAUCAGCUUAAAAAGGGAUGUCCCGGACGGUGGUGGGGUGCUGUUAGUUUCGGUCGAAAACGCAGAAGAUGUCGAAGGGAAGCGUCACACUAAUCCAUAUGCCGUGGUUCUUUUUAGGGGCGAAAAGAGGGAAACUAAGGUGAUCAGGAAGGCUCGAGAUCCGAGAUGGAACGAGGAGUUCCAGUUCGUGGUGGACGAGGCCCCCAUGGACGAGAAGAUCCACAUCGAGAUCAGAAGCAGACGCCGCAGGCUCCUCCCGUUCCGCACCCAGGAGUCGCUGGGGCACGUGAACAUCAACCUGGUGGACGUGGUGAACAACGGGCGAAUCAACGAGAAGUACCACCUCAUCAACUCCAGGAACGGCAAGCUGCAGCUCGAAAUCAAAUGGAACACCGUCUGAACCUCCAUUUCCCAGACAUGCAUAGCUUUGCCAUAUACCCUAUGGGGCAACAGUCCCUGUGCACCCUGAGAGGUGUUAGUUGUUGUAGCUUUCUGUCCAUGUAUAUGUAUUUUCCGUUUUUGCUCCAUUCGGCGAUUUUGGCGUGCGGUCUGUGUAUAACAUCAGUGCGCAGGCCUGGUGUGUGUAUGUGCAUAGUCAUGUGUGUGUCCUGUGAAUUAGUAUUGUUAACAUCUUUUUUCUUUUCUUGAGAGGAUGAUAUUAUUGGUAA